UUUUAUUACAAUUUCUAGAUGUUGCUAUAUUGUAUAAUUGGCAGAUUAUUCCAUUAGAAUUAAACGUCAACUAAUCAUGGUUGACAUUUAAUCGAACAUAGUAAGAAAUUAGGAUCCUAAAAUUUUUCUUUUUUGGAAAUAUGUAAGGGAUAAGUUAUCUGGUUCCUUUUUUUUUUUUAAUCAUCUGAACGCAUGUGCAUAUAUAGCAUAAGAGAUUAUUUAGACCAAUGAGCAAUAAAGUCGCUACAGUGAUUUACAAAACUAUGCUAGUUUCUUAUUGGUCCAGACGGUCUUUGCAGCUAUGGGAUUUUGUGUGUAAUGGCCUUAAAGUUCGGUUGCAUUGGGCGGGUCGUACGCAGCUGUUUACGUUUUCACAAUAUGGCGUUUGAUUUGAAUUUGUUCGUUACUUUAUAAGUUGCUCGUUGCUUGUCGAAGCAGUUGCUCGUCGUUGCUUUGCCACGCUGAAGAAUUCGCAUUAAGUGUAAUUGGUUUUGUGCUAGCUUCUUUUCUCAUUCAAGUACAAUGGAGAAUUUCAUAAAAAUAGAAAAAAUCGGAGAAGGUACGUAUGGCGUAGUGUAUAAAGGAAAGCAUAAAAAAACAGGAGAAAUUGUUGCCAUGAAAAAGAUUCGCUUGGAAAGCGAUGAUGAAGGAAUACCAUCCACUGCAAUUAGGGAAAUUUCAUUGCUCAAAGAAUUAAAUCACCCUAAUAUAGUGAGCUUAAUUGAUGUGUUGAUGGAAGAAAACAGAUUGUAUCUCAUUUUUGAGUAUCUUACUAUGGAUUUGAAAAAAUAUAUGGAUACUUUAGGCAGUAAGCUAUUGGAACCAAGUGUAGUCAAAUCAUAUUUGUAUCAGAUUACACGAGCUAUUCUUUUCUGUCACAAGCGUAGAAUAUUACAUCGCGAUCUGAAACCACAGAAUUUGCUCAUUGAUAAGACGGGAGUCAUUAAAGUAGCAGAUUUUGGACUAGGAAGGGCAUUUGGAAUUCCAGUUAGAAUAUACACACACGAAGUCGUAACUCUGUGGUACAGAGCACCUGAAAUUCUUCUCGGUGCCACUAGAUAUUCCUGUGCAAUUGAUAUGUGGAGUCUUGGAUGUAUUUUUGCAGAAAUGGCAACUAAGAAACCAUUGUUCCAAGGAGACAGUGAGAUCGAUCAGCUCUUCAGGAUAUUCAGAAUAUUAAAAACACCUACGGAAGAAAUAUGGCCAGGAGUGACCCAAUUAGCGGAUUACAAGGCAACAUUUCCAAACUGGAUGACAAAUAGUCUGAAUACGCAAGUGAAAACAUUGGAUGCAGAUGGAUUGGAUUUGUUGCAGGCUAUGCUCACGUACGAUCCUGUAUAUAGAAUAUCUGCACGAGCAGCUCUGAAACAUCCCUACUUCACCGACAUAGAUAUGAGUAAAAUACCUGUACUACUUGAUGAUUAAAAACAGGAUUAUUUACUAAAAUCGAAGAAGUAAAAUCGUUAUCUUAUAUUUUAAUCGUGUGACUACAUGAAGAGUAUGUCUCGGUGUGUACAUUGUAGUUAAUUUAUUUGCGUACGUGAUUUUGAAGUAUGAAUAAUUUUUUUACCGAUUGAAAUUCGCAUUUUGUAAUCGUAUUUUGUAUCCAUUUUGUGUGGAAGUGAGCGUACGCUUUUUAUCGCAUCUACAUAAAGUUAUACGUAAGUUUUUAUGAAGUAUUCACGAGUUUCAUGAUUUUUUUUUUAAUUAACAUUCCAUUUCAUACAUCACACAGACACACACACACACACACACACACACACGUUACUUGUUAAUUCAUGUUCAAUAUUAUAAUAUCAACACUAACACACAUUUAUUCAAAUUUCACAGUUUUAUUAAGUGAUAUAACACGAUCUUCUCUGAUCCACGUAUUAUAUAAUAAUUGCAUGUUACUUUGAAUCGGCGAAUUUAUGAAGUUACUUUUACUGGAUUAUACGUAUGUAAAUUUGUAAAUUUCUUGUCAUAUCUUCGUACCUUGCUACUCGCUCGUACGAUAAAACUUUGCUGGCAUAAAUUUAUUAGAGUAAAAACCAAAUUAAUACGAGAUGAGAUUGUUAAUCCGUAGCUGCAAAAGAGUUGUAGCAUAAGAGGUUUUUUCUACACACACUAUGUAUUAGUUACGAGUAAGAAUAUUUUUAUGUGCAUUUUGUACU